AUGGCAAGGCUAGGACGGGGUGGCUUCCUUGCCCUCGCCGUCAUCUUUCACCUGGUCUAUGUUUAUUCCAUCUUCGAUAUUUACUUCGUCAGCCCCAUAGUCCAUGGCAUGAAACCGUACAAAGUCGAACAGGCCCGUCCACCGUCAAGGAGACUUGUAUUAUUUGUCGGUGACGGACUGCGCGCGGACAAAGCGUUCCAAUUCUUCCCAGACCCGUCGCCUGCGGACCCUGCCAACGCCGAUUUGACCCCUCGACCCCUCGCUCCUUUCCUGCGAUCCCGAGUGCUCGAGCACGGUACCUUUGGGGUUUCGCAUACCCGGGUACCCACAGAGUCACGGCCUGGUCAUGUCGCCCUCAUAGCCGGCCUGUAUGAAGACGUCUCGGCGGUUACGACUGGCUGGAAACUGAACCCGGUGGAUUUCGACAGUGUCUUCAACCGCAGUCGCCAUACGUGGAGUUGGGGCAGUCCUGACAUCCUGCCAAUGUUCAAGGAAGGAGCGGUACCGGGUCGUGUGGACGCAGAUCAGUAUGGCGAAGAGUUUGAGGACUUCACACAAGACGCGACGAAGCUGGACACCUGGGUGUUCGACAAUGUCAAGGCACUGUUCCAUUCUGCCAGCACAAAUUCGACUUUAAACACUCUGCUACGAGAGGACAAGAUCGUCUUUUUUCUGCAUCUGCUUGGUCUGGACACGACUGGCCAUUCUUACCGACCCUAUUCAAAAGAGUAUUUGCAUAACAUCAAGGUUGUGGACAAGGGAGUUGAAGAGAUUACAAAUCUGAUUGACAAUUUUUAUUCUGAUGGGGAGACAUCGUACGUGUUUACAGCUGACCACGGGAUGAGUGACUGGGGAAGCCACGGGGACGGUCAUCCUGACAAUACGAGGACUCCCUUGAUUGCCUGGGGUGCUGGUGUUGCCCGACCCGAGGUCUAUCCUGAUUCAAGAGCUCCAGGCCAUGAGGAUGGGUAUUCUUCGGACUGGGGCCUGGAUCACAUUCGACGGCAUGAUGUCGAUCAAGCCGAUGUCGCCGCUCUGAUGGCCUAUCUGGCCGGGCUAGAAUUUCCAGUCAAUUCGGUUGGGAGACUACCAUUGUCUUAUCUUGCAGCUACUACCCAAGAGAAAGCUAGUGCAACACUUGUCAACGUCAAGGAAGUUCUAGAGAUGUACAAUGUCAAGGAAGAGCAGAAGCAAUCGACCUCACUGCACUAUCAGCCAUAUCCGCCCUUCUCCAAAGCCAACAGCUCCGUUGCUGAGCGGAUCUCUGCCAUUGAAACUGCGAUUCAGAACAGUCAGCACGAACAUGCCAUCGAUUUGUCCUUGGAUCUGUUCCAUCACACUCUUCAGGGGUUAAGGUAUCUGCAGACAUAUGACUGGCUUUUCCUUCGAGCUCUUAUCACGGUGGGAUACCUGGGCUGGAUCACCUUUGCUGUCACAACGGUUAUCGACCUUCACGUCCUCCAUGGGGCAGUCCCAGACGAGAGAACCACCGGGUCGACCGUGGUAUUCUCAUCCGUUUUGAUUGCAUUGUACUCUUUUUUCAUUUUUGAAAAGUCACCCUUGACAUACUACGCGUAUGCAUUCUUCCCCGUUUUUUUCUGGGAGGAGGUGUUCGCCCGGAGGAAGGCGUUGGUCUCUGGGUUCAGAGUUUUAUUUGGCCAUGUCAAGCAACCUUCGGAUUGGCUAGUUCUUGCCAUCCAGGCAUUUCUGUUUUUGGGAGUUGUGGAAGCUUUGGUCCAAUCAUACUUCCAUCGCACUGUAUUUACCGUGUGCUAUGUUCUGGGUGCCUUCUCCCCUCUGUUUUACGGACUGGAACUUGUUGGAACGAACAAGAUGCUCGUGCUUGCCUGGGCGGCUGGCUGCCUGGUGCUGAGCACUUUUACCCUUCUGCCAGUGGUCAAGGUCGAAGACGCCAACACCAUUAGCGCUGGCGGACUUCUCAUGUUCGGAGCUGGUCUCGUCUACCUGUAUCUCGAGGACCACAUCACGGCCCGGUCGAAAUCUAAAACUACCCAUGCUCAACCCAAUGCUGUCUCUCGAAUCCUUAUGGGCGUCCAGGUUGGCAUCAUCUUGCUCACAAUCAUUGUCACGCGUUCAAGCAUUGCGUCUAUUCAGGCAAAGAAGGGGCUCCCCCUGGGCAAUCAAGUCAUUGGCUGGUCUGUGCUUGUGGCCUCCCUCGUUCUCCCUUUUGUCCACCGGAUCGCACCGAACGAGCAUUACCUCCACCGCUUGGUCAUCAUCUUCCUCACAUUCUCGCCUUCUUUUAUCCUCUUGACAAUCUCUUACGAAGGUCUCUUCUACGUUGCAUUCUGCUUUACUUUGCUUGCCUGGGUCCGCUUGGAACAUGCUAUCCAGGUCCACGCCACAUCGGGGGUACCAUCUGAUCUUUCUCCCACUACGGCACACGCAAAUGGGGUGACGAUCACAUCGACAUCAACCCAAUCGACCAACCUUCAUCCCGAGACGACUUUUCGGACGUUGGCGCUACCGGAUCUCCGACGCGCCCUGUUCUUUCUGUUCUUCCUCCAGUCAGGGUUCUUCUCGACGGGCAACAUUGCGUCGGUAUCUAGCUUCAGUCUAGAUGCGGUGUAUAGGCUGAUCCCGAUCUUCGAUCCCUUUUCCCAGGGAGCCCUACUUUUAUACAAGCUGCUAGUUCCCUUUGCGAUCAUCUCAGCAGCCUUGGGGAUCCUCAACCGCCGACUCGGUCUUCAAUCGUCGGCGCUGUUCAUGACAGUCAUGGCGGUGAGCGAUGUCAUGACGCUGAACUUUUUCUGGAUGGUCAAGGACGAGGGCAGCUGGCUGGACAUUGGCACAACCAUCAGCCACUUCGUGAUUGGGAGUGUGCUGUGCGUAUUUGUGGCCGGACUCGAAGGCGUUAGUCAUGCCCUGAUCAGGGGCGUCGAGGUCGACGCCUACGAAGACAGGGUCAAAUUGGCUGGAGGAGUGGAGAGUAUCAAGGCCAUAAGGGUCGAAGCAAAUGGCGCGGCUAAUGGGGCUGUAAAAGCAGCGGCUGGGGACGAAAGGCCCGUCAUCGAGUAG